AAAUGUAAGAGUGGCCUAAGAAAUUAUUUUUAGCAAUAGCAUUCAUCUCAUGCUUUACAUGCUACGCAAGACCAGAUUACAAUUUACCUCUUUUUGCUUUUGCAUACUUAUUAUGGGACAUCGAUAGACCUGUAUUAAUUUAGUGAAAUCAAUAGGUUUCACAAAAGAUUAGAUUGAUAUACUUAUUCGUAUAUUCUUGGAUUAUCGAUUUUGUUUGGUUGGUUUAUUGGGGCCCAUUUUGGAAUUCAUCAACUUUCUCGCACAAUUGGGCUGAUGGAAUACAAACAUUUGUGUUAGUGUUGUCAGUUAUCAACUUUAUUAUUAAAGUAGAAUAUUGAGUUAAGUUUUAGUUAGGUACAAUAGUAGUGUGCAUCUUGGCAGAGAAGGAGUGUAAAGAUGCAUUGCAUCCAGAGAAUGCGAUGGCACAUGCAAAGAAUAUUUUUAAUAGUGAGGGUUAGCAUUAAUGA